UACACACAAAAAGUGACACGGAAAUGACGUAUUAUAGGGUUUACAGUUCACUGUGCGUUAACACAUGUGCGUCCUCCAUAUCCAUGCGUCGGAAUAAAACAAGUUUAAUUGUUGUUGAAGUCCACAGCGGUUGACUGAACAGCGUUAAGAUGUUGAAAGACAUUUCGUCUUCAUCGAGUGAAGACGAGGUAGACGAUGCUCCCACAGAAACACUAACAGAAAAGCCAACCACACCGGAAAAGAAGACCACCAGGUACCAGUGUCCUGCAGACUUCGUGUCUUUCUGCCAUAAACCCUGCAGCAGCACCUUCACAGCCAGGCUAAAGAAAAACAAGACUGAGCUGUGGCUCAUCAAAGCUCCUGCCAGCUUUAAUCCAGAAUGUUUCAAUGGUAUCAAGGUUCCUCUGUCAGGUCUCCAGACUGUAAAGGUUCCCCGAGCUGCAGGUGUGGACAAAUCUGGGAGUAGACAGCAGAUCUAUAACAUCCUGGCAUCCUCCCAUGGUACUGCUGAGCUCCACUUGCUCACCACCAAAAAGCAGUCAUCCGACAGAGUCAUCAUUGGUCCAGCUUUCUCAGGCCAGCUGAAUGUGAGUGAGAGCUAUGGAGACAGCAGCGCCAAUUUGGCUCCUCAGAUCAUCCCUGCUGCUCCAGCGCCCUCCAUACCACCAGGCCUCAAACAGCGCUUCCACCCCUUUGGAAGUAGGACCAUGGCGAUGGACGGUAUUUCAGAAAAUGAGACUGAUGGGUCCAUCGUUAGGCCUUCACUUACACACCUCCAUCCGAUUGUCAGUAAACGAUCCAUCGAAGAAGUGGAGCAUGAGAGAGAAGCUGAAGAUGGAAAGAAAAAAAGGAAAAAGAAGGAAAAGCAGCUAAAGGUAGCUCGAGAGGAGGUGGAGGAGCUAAAAGUGGAAACCACAGCUGAGUUUCUUAAUGAAGCAGUGACUCAACUACCACUACAGGAGGGUGAUGUUUCAGAGAAAAGGAAAAGGAAGAAGAAAAAGAAAGCCAGGGAGCAGGCAGAGGCAGAGGAGGUGACGGUGAAAGUAGAACCUAUGGCUGAAUUUGAAGAGUUCCCCUUUCAGAAUGUUGAAGUUUCAAAGACAAAGAAGAAGAAGAAAAAGAAAGACAGAGAGCGAGAGGAGGAGGGUGUGGGAGUGGAGCCUGAAGUAGAUUUAAAGGUCGAAGAGGUCGUCAUAAAAUGUGAACCAACAAAGACUUUCUGUGUCGAUGAAGUGGAAGGCUUAGGAAAGAAGAAGAAGAAGAAAAAGAAGAAGAGCAAAAAUGAUGAUUAAUCUUUCUGUCACCAUGUUGGUUAUUAUUAUUUUAUUACUCUUUAUGACUCCUCAAUUAUGUAUGUGUGAUACAUUUCACAAAUCAAGACUUGCUGUCAUGGUUUAUUGCAAUAAAAGAUUGCAGUAGGCACAACCUGCAACACAAUUUAUACCAUGUAUUUAAAGAAUGCAUCUUCAAGAGACAUGUUUUUGACAUAUAUUGUAGAAUAUUAGAAAUGCUGUAAAACCCAUGUUAGAAAUUCAACUAAAAAAAACCCCAAGCAAUUAAAUUGAGUAAAAUCUGAGUAAA